AUGGCAGUACCCAGGCUGGGCGCGUGGGUAGCACACCUGCUCCUGAUCCUCCUCUCCUUGGGAUCUGGCCUGGACACACUAGAGGUGUGUCCCAGCCUGGACAUCCGCUCGGAGGUGGCCGAGCUGCGCCGGCUGGAGAACUGCAGCGUGGUGGAGGGCCAUCUGCAGAUCCUGCUCAUGUUCACGGCCACCGGCGAGGACUUCCGCGGCCUCAGCUUCCCGCGCCUCACUCAGGUCACGGACUACCUGCUCCUCUUCCGUGUCUACGGCCUGGAGAGCCUGCGGGACCUGUUCCCCAACCUGGCGGUGGUGCGCGGCGCCCGCCUCUUCCUGGGCUACGCACUGGUCAUCUACGAGAUGCCGCACCUGCGGGACGUGGGGCUGCCGGCGCUGGGGGCCGUGCUGCGCGGGGCCGUGCGGGUGGAGAAGAACCAGGAGCUCUGCCACCUCUCCACCAUCGACUGGGGCCUGCUGCAGCCCUCACCUGGCGCCAACCACAUCGUGGGCAACAAGCUGCGUGAGGAGUGCGCGGACGUGUGCCCCGGUGUGCUGGGUGCCACCGGCCAGCCCUGCGCCAGGACCACCUUCGGCGGUCACACCGACUACAGGUGCUGGACCUCCAGCCACUGCCAGAGAGUGUGUCCCUGUCCCCAUGGGCUGGCCUGCACAGCUGGGGGGGAGUGCUGCCACUCCGAAUGCCUGGGGGGCUGCAGCCGACCAGAGGACCCCCGGGCCUGCCUGGCCUGUCGUCACCUCUACUUCCAGGGCGCCUGUCACCGGGCCUGCCCUCCAGGCACCUACCAGCAUGAGUCCUGGCGCUGUGUCACAGUGGAGCGCUGUGCCAGCCUGCGCUCUGUGCCCGGCCGCGCCUCCACCUUCGGCAUCCACGAGGGCAGCUGCCUGGCCCAGUGCCCCCCGGGCUUCACCCGCAACAGCAGCAGCAUAUUCUGCCACAAGUGUGAGGGGCUGUGCCCCAAAGAGUGCAAGGUGGGCACCAAGACCAUCGACUCCAUCCAGGUGGCACAGGACCUGGCGGGCUGCACCCAUGUGGAGGGGAGCCUCAUCAUCAACCUUCGCCAAGGCUAUAACCUAGAGCCGGAACUACAGCAAAGCCUGGGGCUCAUCGAGACCAUCACUGGCUUCCUCAAAAUCAAGCACUCCUUUGCCCUCGUGUCCCUGGGCUUUUUCAGGAACCUCAAACUAAUCCGAGGGGACGCCAUGGUGGAUGGGAACUACACUCUGUACGUGCUGGACAACCAGAACCUACAACAGCUGGGGUCCUGGGUGGCUGCGGGGCUCACCAUUCCCGUGGGCAAGAUCUACUUCGCCUUCAACCCUCGCCUCUGCUUGGAGCACAUCUACCGCCUGGAGGAGGUGACCGGCACUCGGGGACGGCAAAACAAGGCCGAGAUCAACCCCCGCACCAACGGAGACCGCGCCGCCUGCCAGACUCGCACCCUGCGCUUCGUGUCCAACGUGACGCAGGCCGACAGCAUCUUGCUGCGCUGGGAGCGCUACGAGCCGCUGGAGGCUCGCGACCUGCUCAGCUUCAUCGUGUACUACAAGGAGUCCCCAUUCCAGAACGCCACAGAGCACAUAGGUCCAGACGCCUGCGGGACCCAGAGCUGGAACCUACUGGAUGUGGAGCUGCCCUUAAGCCGCACCCAGGAACCCGGGGUGACUCUUGCACCCCUCAAGCCUUGGACACAAUAUGCAGUGUUUGUACGGGCCAUCACACUGACCACCGCUGAGGACAGCCCCCACCAAGGAGCCCAGAGCCCCAUCGUCUACCUCCGAACCCUGCCGGCCGCGCCCACGGUGCCCCAGGACGUCAUCUCCACGUCCAACUCCUCGUCCCACCUGCUGGUGCGCUGGAAGCCACCGACUCAGCGCAACGGGAACAUCACCUACUACCUGGUGCUGUGGCAGCGUCUGGCGGAGGACGGCGACCUCUACCUCAACGACUACUGCCACCGCGGCUUGCGGCUGCCCACCAGCCACAGCGACCCCCGCUUCGACCGCGAAGACGAGGAGCCGGAAGCCGAGACGGAGCCCGGCUGCUGCCCCUGCCAGCACCCCCCUCCCGGGCAGGUCCUGCCGCCGCUGGAGGCGCAGGAGGCCUCCUUCCAGAAGAAGUUCGAAAACUUUCUGCACAACGCCAUCACCAUCCCCAAAUCCCCCUGGAAGGUGACGUCCAUCCAUAAGAACCCUCAAAGGGACUCGGGGAGGCAGCGCCGGGCCGCCGGGGCCCUCCGGCUUGGGGGAAACACCUCGGAUUUCGAGAUCCAGGAGGACAAAGUGCCCCGGGAGCGCGCAGUGUUGAGUGGCCUGCGCCACUUCACGGAAUAUCGCAUCGACAUCCACGCCUGCAACCACGCGGCGCACACCGUGGGCUGCAGCGCCGCCACCUUCGUCUUCGCGCGCACCAUGCCCCACAGAGAAGCCGAUGGCAUCCCAGGGAAGGUGGCCUGGGAGGCGGCCAGCAAAAGCAGUGUCCUCCUGCGCUGGCUAGAGCCACCGGACCCCAACGGACUCAUCCUCAAAUACGAAAUCAAGUACCGCCGCUUGGGAGAGGAGGCCACUGUGCUGUGUGUGUCCCGACUGCGGUACGCCAAGUUCGGGGGCGUCCAGCUGGCCCUGCUACCCCCUGGAAACUACUCUGCCAGAGUUCGGGCAACCUCGCUGGCAGGGAAUGGCUCCUGGACAGAAAGCAUCGCUUUCUACGUCCCCGGCCCAGAGGAGGAAGACUCCGGGGGACUGCACGUCCUUCUCACUGUCACCCCCGUGGGGCUCAUGCUGCUCAUCAUUCUUGCUGCCCUUGGUUUCUUCUACAGCAGGAAGAGAAGCAGCACCCUGUAUGCCUCUGUGAAUCCGGAGUACUUCAGCGCCUCUGAGAUGUACGUCCCUGAUGAGUGGGAGGUGCCUCGGGAGCAGAUCUCCAUCAUCCGGGAACUGGGCCAGGGCUCCUUCGGGAUGGUAUACGAGGGGCUGGCACAAGGGCUAGAGGCCGGAGAGGAGUCCACGCCCGUGGCCCUGAAGACCGUCAAUGAGCUGGCCAGUCCGCGAGAACGCAUCGAGUUCCUCAAGGAAGCCUCUGUCAUGAAGGCAUUCAAGUGUCACCAUGUGGUACGUCUCCUGGGUGUGGUGUCCCAGGGCCAGCCAACUCUGGUCAUCAUGGAGUUAAUGACCCGGGGGGACCUCAAGAGCCAUCUUCGAUCUCUGCGGCCUGAAUCGGAGAACAACCCAGGACUCCCACGGCCAGCGCUGGGAGAUAUGAUCCAGAUGGCUGGCGAGAUUGCAGACGGCAUGGCCUACCUUGCUGCCAACAAGUUUGUGCACCGCGAUCUGGCGGCCCGGAACUGCAUGGUGUCCCAGGACUUCACUGUCAAGAUUGGGGACUUUGGGAUGACUCGAGACGUGUACGAAACUGACUAUUACCGCAAGGGUGGGAAGGGGCUGCUGCCCGUACGCUGGAUGGCCCCCGAGUCCCUCAAAGAUGGAAUCUUCACCACGCACUCGGAUGUCUGGUCCUUCGGUGUGGUGCUCUGGGAGAUCGUGACCUUGGCCGAACAGCCCUACCAGGGCUUAUCCAACGAGCAGGUGCUCAAGUUUGUCAUGGAUGGUGGGGUCCUGGAGGAGCUGGAGAGCUGUCCCCUUCAGCUGCAGGAGCUGAUGCGCCGCUGUUGGCAGCAGAGCCCACGCCUGCGACCCGCCUUCACCCACAUCCUGGACAGCAUCCGGGGCGAGCUGCGGCCCUCCUUCCGUCUCUUUUCCUUCUACUACAGUCCAGAGUGCCGGGCGGCCCGCGGGGCGCUGCUGCCUGAUGUCAAUCCUGACUCUCUGCCCACCCCAGAAGAGGCUUCCUCAGGCUGCCGCCCCCAAAAUGGGGGUCCGGGGCACUGA